CUCUUUCUUAACCAUUUUUUUUGUAAAGGUGACUUUUUGCUCAAUGUUGAUGUUAUCAGCAGUUACCUAAAUCAGGACUUGGUUGCAUGACAGGUUUUAUCGACAAAUUAGAAUUUAUUUGUGGAGCGGUUGAUAAUGGAUAGAUGCUGGUUUUGGACACGCGUAAGGCCUAGCAGCGGAUUUCCUGGACAGGGAGAAGUGAAAAGUAGGUGUUUGACAGGAUUUGGACUCUGGAAAGACUUGGUUAAUUCCGACAAUUAGCGACAUAAUUUGGCAUCUAAUCCAACCAAAAUUUCUUAGUGCUCAACGCCAUCUGGUGUUUACAACUGUAUUUGUCUUGGUUAGUGUUGUCUUAUAAGCGAGGGAGCCAUUCUGCUUAUGCAGUGGUUGAGCCUCCCUAUUCCCUAAUGGGUUCCAGUCGCUCGGAUGGCUCUGGUAAAGAACGCUUGCGCUGGACACAAGAGCUUCAUUAUCGAUUCGAGGAAGCUGUCAAUCAGCUUGGUGGCCCAGAUAGGGCUACACCCAAGGGGAUCUUGAAGGCCAUGGGCGUUGGUGGAUUGACUAUCUACCAUGUCAAAAGUCACUUGCAGAAGUACAGGAUCUCAAAAUUUAUACCAGAAUCAACAACUAGAGGCAAGUUUGAGAGGAGGAAUAUUUCAGAGAUACUGCCUAAUUUUGGUACAACAUCUGCAGCUCAGCUUAAUGAGGCCUUACAAAUGCAAAUGGAAGUACAGAGGCGACUGAAUGAUCAACUUGAGGUUCAAAGGAGUUUGAAACUUAAAAUCGAAGCUCAAGUAAGGUUUCUUGACAUAAUUACAGAUGAACAUAGAAACCGGCCUGGAAAGCCUAAUUAUUCUUCCACAUCGAUGUCCUUGCCAUCCCUCUGUGAGGACUACUCUGAUUCAGAUGCAAAGGAUCUUGAUUCUGAUUUUGAAGCUGAUAAAAAUGAAAUAGAAUCUGCAGAAGCAAUUCCAGCUACAAAAAGGGCUAGGCUUGAUGCUGAUGAUAAUUUUUUCCCACAAAUGUUCACACUUGCAUCACUCAACAAAGACAUGCAACCAAAAACUUUAUGUCCUCCCUGGAAUGUAGCAGCUUGCUCCUCAUCUUUAGUGCCCAGCCUUUUAUAGAAUAAUACUUCUUUUUUUUUUAUACAAUAAGUUUGGGAAUUGAUAAAGAUAUAUCCAGCUAUCUAUCGAUUCAUCUCUAGGGAUGAUUAUAUACAAAUAAGAUAGAAGUAUUAUGUAUUUUAAUGGUUGUUAGUUGAAGAUUAAGAGUGGUGAGAUUCAUAUGUAUGGACUAUUAUGAUAUGUUUGAUUUUAGUUGUUUCAGCAAGCAUGCAAUGCUGAUAAAUAAUGUAUAUAUCUUGUGUUUCAUUUA